AUGAAGUUCACCUUCGUCGUCGUCGCUGUUCUCGCCGCUGGCACCGUCCAAGCCGCGCCUACUAGUCCCAGCGAAACUCUCCCCAAGUGGUGUGGCCACAUCGGCCAGGGCUGCAAGCGAACUGCUGAUGCCUCCGUCGAUGUCAAGCGCUCUGCUGAUGCUCUCGCCGAGGCCAUGGCCAAAAACUUGCCCCUUGUUCUUCAGAAGUGGUGUGGCCAUAUUGGCCAGGGUUGCUACAAGGCCAAGCGUGCCGCCGAUGCCGUCGAUGAAGUCAAGCGUACCAGCGAUGCUCUCGCUCGUGCCAUGGCUGCUCUCGAGGAAGAGGAUCAGGAGUAA